AUCUUUCCACCAGUCUUUUUUCGUCCCAUGGAGUCAACUCAAUUACAGAAAUCCUAUCCUGAGAUAUUCAGAUCUGCGAACAUUGAUCAGUUCAUCGGCAAAGUGUCGCCCAAAACCCAUUGUAGUCAGAUAGCUAGCCUUAUCCAUGAUCGUGCGACCCGUGAGGCAAUGCUUCACCAAAGGCUUGAAUUCGUUCUUACCUUUCACUUUGAACCGGAUCUCACAUGUCCUUACGGUAAGGGACGUGAUUGGUGGUAUGUUCUUAGAGCUCUAGAGCCGGAACCAAGGCCAGUUGAUGGGAAAACCUAUCCUCAUCUUGCUCUUUAUCUCCUUGAUAUAAAGGAAGCUCGGGAAGACUCCAUAUUCUUCUCUGAAUUCAGUGCAUUAGUUUUUGCUAUGCGAGGCCGCGCAAACCAGCGCAAGGUAGAUUCAGAGACAGAGGUGGAGGCUUAUGGAAAAUGA